AUGCGUGUUGAUAAUUUCAUUCCAGUGAAAUUGGUUAUGGACACUAACUCGUCACCUUGGAUUGACGGAGAAGUACGUCGUUUCAUUCGAAAGAAAUACGCAGCAUUGAAGAAAUUUCGACAUUCCAAGUCUGCCGCUCGUAAACAUAAACUACGAACAUUGAGUCAAACCAUCAAAUACUUAGUCAGACGAAAAUACCGUGAAUAUCUUGCCAAAGUCAAAAAUUCUUUUCAAGAUAACCCAAAACUAUUCUGGAGUUAUCACAAAUCCAUACUCCAUCAUCGUGUUAGCUCAAAUGCAGAAAUUUCUUUCAAAGGUGUCACGGCAAAGACUGCUGCCCACAAAGCUGAACUUUUCAACAUGUACUUUUCUUCUGUUUUCACACCCUCACGACCUAACACCCAUUUAGCUGAUGCUAAUAACUCCAUUCCAUUGAGAACUGAUCAGACAUUAUCUGAUGUUACCAUCAACUUGAAUGAAAUUUCGGAAUGUUUGAACGGUUUGGAUACGUCAAAAGCAUGUGGUCCUGAUGGCAUCCCUUCUAGACUCCUGAAGGAAUGUCACCAACAAAUCGCACCAAGCCUUUGUGAUAUUUUCAAUUAUUCACUAGUAUCCGGUCGAGUUCCUUCGGAGUGGAAAUCACGCCCAUACACAAAAAGAAACAGAAAGAACCGGCGGAAAAUUAUCGCCCAAUCUCACUCAUUCCCAUUAUUAGCAAAGUCAUGGAACGCUGCGUGUAUAGCAGACUUUAUCAGCACGUCCUGCAUCUAA